CGCUUCCCUUCGCAGACGAAGACGCGUGGGAGUUGCACCGUGCGCUGUAAAAGUCUGUGGCGUUGGGGAUGUUCCGAUUCUUCGUGGAUCACGAAGACCACGGCAUCGGGGAACUCUUCGUCAUGUACUACGUCAUCACACGGCCCAAGCCAGCGCAGAAGGAGGGGACGGUGGCGCUGUACCCAUUCGCCCAGCUCCAGACGAUCGAUCCGAGAUUGUUGGAGCUCAUACAUCUUGAGCUCCUCUCCAUUGCGGAGGUGAUCACGAACGAGGAAGAGGAGAUCCAGCCACGAUUGCGGACGGCGACGGCCCCACGGAGAACGUACAACGCGGUUGUCAUCCCGGAUUACAUUGCGCAGCGCGCGGAGAGGUUGGAGGACUUCGCGGAUGAAAAUUCGUUGCGGCCUCCCUUGUCGUAUCCCAGACCGGCCCCAAAAAAGGCCCCCAAGAAGACGCCGAAGAGGAAGAGACGCUACCCGUCGCCAGGAGCGCAAGGCAGCAGAAUCGGUGGCGGCGAGGAGGUGAUUCAGCCUGCGUGUACGCGAAAUCUUGACCCUGUGCUUGGGAGUGCGGCGAUGCUUGUUAAGGAGACUGUCGUGCAAUCGCCGCCCUUUCCGCGCGUGCUCGAUUUCAAUCUUGAUGGAGUCGGGCCAUUAGCAGCAGCAGCAGCCGGGGGAGGAAGCCGAAUGGGAUUACCGGAUCCCAUAUCCAGACCCCCCGUCCUCGCGGGACCUCUCCGCUCCCGCCAGCCACCCCGCGGUGCCCCGAUCAUUGACAUUAGUAGUUCCUCCGAGCCAGGCGGUCCAUCCGACAGAGGUGGAUUUCAUGGUGAAGCCCACCACCAUCAGGCUCGAGGCCAUCGCGGGGGCGCCGCGCCCUAAUCCGGCGUGGGAGCCAUAUCUGACACCCCCUUUUCAAGGGUGUAUUGCGGCGCAAAUGGUCGGGACGCUCAUCUACGAGACCGG